UAUUUGUAGGCAACAUGGCGGCGGACAGUGAUAACGAAAAGGAUGAUUUUGUGUCGUAUGGGACCGCUUUAGAGCCUUUAGAAGAGGAUGAGCCUCUGAAGAAGCCGGUGCCCAUUUACGAACAGACCGUGAGGGAUGAGAAGGGCAGAUACCAGAGGUUCCAUGGGGCGUUCACUGGAGGGUUUUCUGCCGGAUAUUUCAAUACUGUCGGCUCCAAAGAAGGAUGGGCUCCUUCCACCUUCAAGUCGUCUCGGCAAAGCAAAGCCGAACAGCAGCAAGCCAGACCGGAGGAUUUUAUGGACGAGGAGGAUUUUGGUGAGCAUGGCAUCGCCCCCAGACAGAUCACUCGGAGCGCAGAGUUCCAGUCGGGACACAGAGACUCGGCUUCGGAAAAAGCUCGAGCUGUGAACGCCCAGACCUCCCUGAUCCCCGGAGCCACUCUGCUGGAGGACAUUAUCGCACCUGCCCAGUCGUCCAUCGGUGUGGAGCUGUUGAAGACGAUGGGCUGGAGAGAGGGACAGGGGGUCGGGCCUCGAGUGAAGAGGAAGCCAAAGAAACAAAAAACAGGUCUCGGGGUGUAUGGAUGUGCUCUUCCCCCCGCUGGAUCUGAGGGCUCUGAGGAGGAGGACGAUGAUGAGUUUGCUCCGGAGAAUGUGACAUUUGCGCCCAAAGACGUGACUCCGGUGGAUUUCACUCCUCGUUUGGGGCUUCAGGGUUUGGGGUACCGGGGUCUGGACCCGGGCCUGGCUCUGGGGCAGGGCUCUGAACACAUAAACCUCUUCGACCCACAGUUCGACUCAAAGGGAAAACUGUUCGGAGGAAAACAGAAGCAGACCAGACGCAAAGGAGUGGCUGGACAGGGUUUUGGCGUGGGGGCUCUGGAGGAUGAAGAUGAGGACAUUUAUCAGAGAGACUCGAUGUCCAAAUAUGACACAGAGAUCAGAGACGAGGAGCCCACAGACGGACUGUUCGGGUGGACCGCUCCAAAGGAAUACACCAAAAAGAAGGAUUCAAACAAAGACGCGUCAUACAUCGGUAAAAUCUUAGAGGGCUUCACUUUGGCCCAAAAACCUGAAACUUUGAAAACUAUCUUCCCUCCUCCCAGGCUGCCCAGAGACUACCGGCCGGUGCGGAGAUUUAAUCCUGGGACUUUUGUGUCUCACGUGUCGGGGGUCAGCCCGGCUUUGGCCCAGGCUCUGAAAACCUCCAGGGGGCACAUGGUCAAAGACGAGCCCCAGACCGGACGGCAUCAGCUGGACUCGGGGCAGAGGAGGGCCCUGAUCGGAGAGGAGGCGCUGCAGGGUCCCAGUUCGGUUCUGGAUUUACUGAAGCCUGUGGAUAGAGAGCGCCUCAAACACAUCAGGAACUCCAAGAGCGGACUCCAGACACAACCUCCCAAAGACUCUAACUCCCAGAAUACACCGCGGCCCUCUCCUCUCCCUCCUGCGUCGUCGUCAUCAAAGCCAGCGCCAACCGUCAUGCCUCCGCCUCCGCCCCCUAGUUUCAGCCUGCAGCAACAGCAGGAGGCUCUAUCGGCGUGGAAAGGACAAACGUCGGCACAGACUUUUAAACCAUUUGAGAAAAACCUAGAGAAACAGGAGAGAUACGAGCAGUACCUGGACCGCCUCAAACAAGGAGACAAAGAUGCCCUGGAGCACAGCCUGGACCGUAAGAUGACAGAGUGGGAGAGGAGUCGGGAGAGAGACGAGUUUGUCCGGGCGUCCAUCCUGUACCGGCCGUCCACCUCCUUCCUCUCGUCCAGGUUCACGAGGGGCAAACAGGACGAUGAUGAUGACACCGUGGAGGUCAACAGAGACGAAGAGGGAGAUUUGGACGAUAAACAGGCCGCAGUGAAGAUGAAGAUGUUUGGGAAACUCACCAGAGAAACUUUUGAGUGGCAUCCGGACAAACUGCUGUGCAAACGCUUCAACAUCCCCGACCCUUAUCCAGAGUCGGGUUUGGUGGGUUUGCCCAAAGUGAAACGGGACAAAUUUUCAGUGUUUAAUUUCCUGACUGUCCCUGAGAGCAGAGAGCCUCCAGCUCCUCCAAAAGCUCCGGAGGUGAAGAAGUCUCGAUGGGACGUGUCACAGGAAAUGAAGGACAGUGAUGCUCUGAGUGAGAUGCUGAGCGCCGCACGAGACCAGAGCUCUGAGACCGGACCAGACCAGAGCGGGACCAAGGACCAGACCAGGACUACAGAGAAUCUGGCUUUACCUGCUCCAGACACUAAAGACCAGUCAUCGGAUACACGGACAGAGACUAAAGAGAAGUUGAGUAAAGAGAGUAAAGAGGAAAGCAGUGAUUCUGAUUCAGACUCGGACUCUGACUCUGACUCUGAGGCAGAGGAGGAGACCCGACCUCCCAUGGACGUGUUCAAGGCCAUUUUCUCCAGUUCGUCUGAUGAGAAAUCUUCAUCCGAGUCUGAGGGGGAAGAGGAGCAGAAGGAGGAGCAGGGACAUGUGACCCACAAUCUGUUUAACAUUAAUGCUCCUGUCACCACGGCGACGCCAUCCACGACAACCACGCCCCCUGUAACAACCAUGCCCACAUCUGCCACGUCAACCAAUCAGAACACAGCCCCCUCUGCAUCACAAACUGGAAAAGAACAAGAUUGGUUUGGUCCAAAGCUGCCACCUCCAUCUUCUGUAUUGAGCGGCAGCAGCAGCAGCAGAGAUCCUCGGGCCAGAUCGCGGUCUCCCAGUUCUGAGGAAAAAUACAAAAAGUCCAAAGACAAGAAACAUAAGAAUAAAAAAGACCAUAAGCACAAGAAGGAGAAGAAGAAGAAGAAGCAUAAGAAGCACAAGCACAAAGGAAAACAGAAGAAGAGUAAGAAAGAGGAGAGCAGCUCGGACAGUGACACAGAGAGUGAAGAAACCACCACAGAAGUGUCGACAGAGGAGCUGCUCAGAAGGCUGAAGACUGUCCGUGCACAGUGUCCUCUGUGAGGACUCCAAACUACAGCUGCUGUUUUAAACAAUAAAUUGUAUAUAUUGUACAAUAAA